AUGUCUGCUUGGGGUUCUAACUCAAAUGUCGAUUGGGAUAAAGAAACUGUCAUUGGUCGUAAUGUUCGUCGUGGUAACUCAGGCCCAAGACAAAAUGUAGCCAAAUCUCAAAGUCAGGUCAAUCAAGCAAGAAGAACUGGUGGUGUCGUAUCAGUCGAUAAAAAAUACUUUGGUGGUGCCAACAAAAAGGGCGAUGCUGAAGGUCAAAGAUUAACUAAAGUAGAUAGAAGUGAUGAAAUCGUUAAACCAAAGACAAUUGAUCUUGCCGUCGGUAAAACUAUCUCAAAAAUCAGAUUGGAGAAAAAACUAACUCAAAAGGAUUUGGCAACUAAGAUAAAUGAAAAACCAACCGUUAUCAACGAUUAUGAGGCAGGUAGAGCUAUUCCUGUUCAAUCUGUUCUUGCUAAGUUGGAAAGAGUUUUAGGCGUUAAAUUAAGAGGCAAAGAUAUUGGCCAACCGCUAUUCCAAAAGAAAGAAAAAAAAUAA